GGGUUGGAAGUUGGAACGAACCGAACCGGCGCCAUUACCCUCGACGUAUCCGUACGAACGUGACUGUGUCUACUUUUCGCUUGUGUUUUUUCUUCAUCGAUCGUGUUAGAACAUCUUUACUGCGCAGUGUAAGGUUGCUAUUAACGAAGUGACUGGAAGGCUGAACGAGGACAGAGAGUUCGCUACGAAAUGGGGGCGAAGUCCCGGGAGUUAAUACUGCUCCUGGCAGUGUGUGCGCUUGCAUUCUGCGAGUCCGUCAACAAGACUGUCAAGAAAGAUAGCAAAGACUCCGACAACUUCCUCAGUCAAUACGAUGAAGAAUACGACACAGACGAUCAGGAAGUACUGUUCAAUGAAGACAAACCAUGUCCCAGAGAUUGUCUGUGCGCUGUAUCGCAAGGCUACCGGAUGGCUAAAUGCACGCGGUUAGAACUCAUCACACAGAAGUUUGGGGACGAUAUCACAGACCUUGUAAUUGAGAACUCUGUCAUCCCCGUUGAACUCGAAGAUUUUAUUUUCAAAAAGCUGGGCCUCGACAAAGUUGCAACUAUCAAGAUCGUAAACAGCACGAUCACCUCGGUCGGAUCUAACGCCUUCCACGGACUGCAUGAACUGUACGCUGUUAAUUUGUCUAACAACAAACUAAAAAGCUUGCACCCAGAAACCUUCGCUAGCAAUAAAAAGUUGCUCCUGCUGACUCUUUCAAAUAACCCAUUGAAAUUCCCCGCACCUGGAUCACCGGAUUACUUCUUAAAUGCUUCUUCAGUGCAGGAGCUUGAUAUUUCAUACUGUGAUAUGAAAUACAUCGCUGCCAAUACAAUAAAAAAUAUGCCCGGCCUUAUGUAUUUGAAUUUAGCCGGAAACAAUUUGUCUGAAAUGGAGGCCGAUACGUUUAAGACUCUUCUUGAUUUAGAAGAAAUAGACUUAAGCGAUAACAAUAUCAAAUCAUUACCUGACGACAUUUUCACAGAAAAUACUGAGCUCGCUACGCUCCACAUCCAAAGAAAUCCGAUUGACUCAGUAUACGGAAUACAAAUUCCAGAUCUUCUUACUUUGAAUGCAGGACAGACAAACAUUAAAUUCGUAGGACCGUCUAUGUUUAAUGGAAUGACCUACAUUGCAAAUCUGAACCUAAGCGGUAACAGUAUUGAGAAAAUUCAUAAUCAGGCCUUCCACAAAUUAGUUGAACUAAACUAUUUAGAUCUAUCAUACAAUGAUUUGGACUUCAUUUCAAGUGCUCUUAUCAAGGAAAAUAUUGAAUUGGACAUCUUCAAAAUAUCUAACAAUCCAAAACUAAAGCAUUUACCUAUGGAAGGAUUCAACUGCUCCGCUGAACAGUUUAACAUAUAUUUAUUCGACGCUUCUAACUGUGGUCUUGAAGAAGUCUACGACGACUCACUCAAAACGUUUACUGCACUAUCUCAAAUUAACUUGUCUGGAAACAAAAUAAAAUCCAUAAAUAAGCAUGUAUUUUCGCGAAGUCCCAAACUGGUUGAAAUUAACCUGUCAUACAAUAUGUUAACAACAUUAGAAGCUCAAACCUUUGCGAAUAACAAGGAUCUAGGAAAAUUAUACCUCCAAGGAAAUCCGUUGAAAGUUCUGACUGCCGAAGUAUUCGUACACACCCCAGUGCUCUCAGUGCUGGAUAUGAGUCAUGGGGAUUUAACAGCUCUUUGGAAAGUAGAAAAGACCCAACCGACUACGCUGUUAAACAAUCUGAGUUUCCUAAACGUUUCAUAUAAUCGCAUCACCGAAAUCAAACAAACGGAAUUAGACACCCUUAACAAACUGAGAUCUCUCGAUAUUAGCAACAAUCCAUUAACAUGCAGCCGUGAAUUUGAGAAUCUUAUGACUUGGUUGAGUAAGCGUAAAGUAUCGCCAAAAGAAAACUCUGCCAUUAUUGCCAACCUAGGCAAAGAUACGAAGGAAGAUGACGGCUCAUACAGCUGGGAGUUCCUUUCGCAAAUAACAUGCGGUACUGCUAUGAAACAUAAUAUUGAACCUCUUCCAACCGUGUCAGAUGAGGAAAUUUGGGAAAGAAUCGACAAAGACGCCGAAGGAAACUUCGAUUUGAAGGAUACGCUUGAUGAUGGCAAAAUAGCUGACGAUACUAAGGACAACGAAAAGGAUUAUGAUGAUGAGACAGCUGAUGACAUUGACGACGACGAAGAUGAUGACGAGGAUGAAGACAAAGACGAAUCAGGAGAAGAAUACGAUGAAGAUGACAACGUAGAUCUCAAAGUGAAACUGAUCGAAAAACCGCCAAAGAAUUCUUUGGAGCCUAAACCUACUGCAGCAACUGACCCGAAAGAAAAAGUUAAGAUUGACAUCAAGCUAUUAGAGAACGAUCACAUGUAUGACGACCUCGAGCCUGAAGUGUACGUGCAGGCACAGGAAGGAAAAGCUGAACACGGCCAUUACGAUUACCUGUGGCCAAUGUUGAUUGCCAUUUUGGGCGCCCUGCUACUUCUAAUCGUAAUCGCUAAAGUUAUGAUGAUGGUGUGCAGUAGGAGGAACAAGCAAGUGAGAUACAACAGUGCCAUAAUCGCUGCCAUGAGCCAGCCCGGUCGUACAAAGAAGGACUGUGGAUUAGUGUACCAACAGCUUUCUGAGGACCUGACGAGUCCGGCCACGCCCAAACUCAACCGCUACGCCCCUCUACAUAGCGUCACUGUGAAGGCAUCCAACAUGUCUUACGAGAGCAGUCCCUUCCACCACAGCAACAUCGUGCCGGAGGCGGUGUGAGUCCAGCAGUAGAAAUUAAAUAGUUGUAAACACUAAAUUAACAACUGCGUUAACGUUUAUAUAAGCAGCAAGUGAUAGAUGUAAGCGCUAGUGGUCUAAGAUCCGGCAUUAGAAAUAUACCCUCAUCUGUUAUUCAUUAGUGAUAAGAAAUAAAUGAUAGAUAAUGUUUGGUUACACAUGCAAAUUGGUUGCCUUGUUAAAAACAUUUCUCAUACAAAAUCU